UACUUGCCACGAAGGUCAACAGCCUGAUCAGCAAAGGGCAAAUCUGGCGCCUGGUCACACCAGCUCUUCUUCAUGGACCUCUUUAUCACAUUACUUUAAAUACUCUCUCUUUGGCUAGCAUCGGGCCUAUGGUGGAAGAGGUUGUUGGCCCUAGAAGAUUUCUAGCCAUUUAUUUCACUUCCGCACUAUCAGGUUCACUGAUGAGUUACUGGUUUAACUCCGCACAUAGUGUUGGUGCAUCUGGUGCUAUCUUUGGACUGGUUGGUGCCCAGGCUGUUUAUCUGUGGAGGCACCAAGAGCUUUUUGGAAAUGCAAAGGAAAAAUUUGAGAAUAUUAGAUUUGUGAUUUUAUUAAAUCUGGGCAUCGGCCUUCUUUGGCGCCGCAUCGACAAUUGGGCACAUCUGGGAGGGUUGCUUGGGGGAGCAGCGGUCGAAUGGUUCUACGGUCCAGAUUGGAAAGGGCGCCCGUUGUUUGGCCAAUGAGUAGCACAAGACCACAAUAACGCUCACGGCUUGCACAUAAAUUUAUCGUGCUGGUCCC